UCCGAGCGCCCUCGCCAUGGGGAGCCCCCGGGCCGCGCUGCCCCUGCUGCUGGCGCGCCUGGCCAAGCUGCCGCGGAGGCGCUGCCGGCUGGCGCUGCUGCUCGGCCUGCUGUCCCUGGGGCUCUGGACCCUCUACCUGGAGCUCGCGGCGUCCGCCAGGGUCGCGGGGCACCCCCUCAACCGCAGGUAUGGCAGCUGGAGAGAACUAGCCAAGGCUUUGGCUAACAGAAAUAUCCCCGCAGUAGACCCAAAUCUCCAGUUCUACCACCCCCAGAGACCAGACCUCAAGAACCAAGACUCAGAGCGAAGUGGGAGCAGUAACACCAGUUACUUGAAGUGGAACAAGCCCGUCCCCUGGCUCUCAGAGUUCCGGGGCCAUGCCAACCUGCACGUGUUUGAAGACUGGUGUGGCAGUUCCAUCCAGCAGCUGCGGAGAAACCUCCACUUCCCUCUUUACCCCCAUAUCCGCACAACCCUGAGGAAACUGGCUGUGUCCCCCAGAUGGACCAACUAUGGCCUCCGCAUCUUUGGCUACCUGCACCCCUUCACUGAUGGGUACAUCCAGUUUGCCAUUGCUGCAGACGACAACGCAGAAUUUUGGCUCAGCCAGGACGACCGGGUCUCGGGCCUUCAGCUGCUGGCCAGUGUGGGCAAGACAGGAAAUGAAUGGACGGCCCCUGGAGAGUUCGGGAAAUUUCGGAGUCAGAUUUCCAAGCCCGUGAGCCUCUCAGCCUCGCAAAGGUACUACUUUGAGGUGCUUCACAAACAAAAUGAUGAGGGCACCGACCACGUGGAAGUCGCGUGGCGACGGAAUGACCCUGUGGCCAAGUUCAGCAUCAUUGACUCCCGUUCCCUGUCUCUUUUCACAAAUGAAACGGUGUUGAGGAUGGACGAGGUGGGCCACAUCCCACAGACAGCAGCCAGCCACGUUGGAUCUCCGGAACCCCUUCCCAGAGAGGAGCAGCCCCCCAUUGACAUGCUGCGGCCUGACCCUCGGGACGCCCUGUAUCGAGUGCCUCUGAUCCCCAAGUCUCAUCUCCGCCAUGUCCUGCCUGACUGUCCCUAUAAGCCCAGCUACCUGGUGGACGGGAUCCCGCUGCAGCGCUAUCAGGGACUUCGCUUUGUCCAUCUGUCCUUCGUCUAUCCCAAUGACUACACCCGCCUGACGCACAUGGAGACCCAGAACAAGUGUUUCUACCAGGAAAACGCCUACUACCAUGACAGGUUCAGCUUUCAGGAAUACAUCAAGAUUGACCAGCCUGAGAAGCAGGAGCCAGAGCAGCCAGGUUUUGAAAGCAUCCUUCUAGAACAAUCCCAGUAUGGAGACACAGCAGAGGAGACCCCAGCCUCCGAAGCCCAAAAUUCCCAGAUGCCAGAAGAAAAACAAGUGUCUCCCUCCACUCCCGGGCAGGAUGUCACUGACUAUCGCCUCCGAAGUCUGCGGAAACUUCUGGCUCAACCCCGGGACAGUCCAUCACCUCCUUUUUCCAAGCACAAUUCCACAACAUCCUUCCUGGUGCAGACCAGCAAACCUCCAGGGCAGCAGACUGAGAAGCAGAGAAUACUCAGCCCUGAGCCCAGCCCCAGUCCACCUCAUGCUGGCCGGGGGUCCCCGGCACACCUGACAGGGAGGCAGCCUUCUAGGAAGAUCCCCAGGCCCACUGGGCUGAACCCCAAGAAGAUGCUGGAGCAGUCCCAGUGGCUGAGUCAAGUGGAGUCAUACAUCGCACAGCAGAGAAGGGGGGACAGGAUGGAGCCUCCUGUCCCCGGGAGGGACUGGAAUGGGGACGAAGAGGUGGUGGUGGCUGCAGGCCAGGAAGGACAAGAGGAAGGAGAGGAAGAGGGGGAGGAAGACGAAGAAGAGGAGGACGUGAGUGAGGUGUUUGAAUAUGUGCCCAUGUUUGACCCGGUGGUGAACUGGGACCAGACCUUUAGUGCCCAGAACCUGGACCUGCAGGCCCUGCGCACCGACUGGAUUGAUUUGCACUGCAACACAUCUGGCAACUUGCUGCUUCCGGAACAGGAAGCUCUGGAGGUCGCCCGGGUCUUCUUGAAGAAACUCAACCAGAAGAGCCGGGGGAGGUACCAGCUCCAGCGAAUCGUGAACGUGGAGAAGCAUCAGGACCAGCUCCGAGGGGGCCGCUAUCUCCUGGAGCUGGAACUGCUGGACCAAGGCCAGAGGGUGGUGCGGCUCUCCGAGUACGUGUACACGCGAGGCUGGCAGGGCUUCGAGUCCGCUGGCAGGGAAGAGGUGGAGGUCCGGAACCUGCAGGGCCUGGUGUGGGGCCCUCACCAGAGGCGCGUCCUGAAUAUCCGGAACACUGAGCCCAAGCUCUGCUGGCCACAAGGCUUCUUCUGGAACCACCGGGCCACAGUCCACUUCAUUGUGCCUGUGAAGAGCCAGGCCCGGUGGGUACAGCAGUUCAUCAGAGACAUGGAAAAGCUCUUCCAGACCACUGGGGACCCGCACUUCAACGUCAUCAUCACCGACUACAGCAGCGAGGACAUGGACGUCGAGGCUGCCCUGAAGAGGUCCAAGCUGCGGAGCUACCAGUACCUGAAACUAAGUGGAAACUUUGAGCGCUCGGCUGGACUUCAGGCUGGCAUAGACCUGGUGAAGGACCCCCACAGCAUCAUCUUCCUGUGCGACCUGCACAUCCACUUCCCAGCCGGGGUCAUCGACACCAUCCGCAAGCACUGUGUGGAGGGCAAGAUGGCCUUUGCGCCUAUGGUGAUGAGGCUGCAUUGCGGGGCCACCCCCAAAUGGCCCGAGGGCUACUGGGAGGUGAACGGCUUCGGACUGCUUGGCAUCUACAAGUCGGACCUGGACCGGAUUGGGGGCAUGAACACCAAGGAGUUCCGGGACCGGUGGGGUGGGGAAGACUGGGAGCUGCUGGAUAGGAUCUUGCAGGCCGGCAUGGAAGUGGAGCGCCUGUCCCUGCGGAACUUCUUCCACCACUUCCAUUCUAAGCGAGGCAUGUGGAACCGCCACCAGAGGAAGAGGUCAUGAUCCUGGGGUGCGCCCAUUUCCACUGACCGCCUGCCUCCUGCAGCCACACCAGCCGUGGUUCCUGAGCCCCCACUUCCUGCUGGAGGAGCCCAGGAAAGGAGGACAGGAGCUGAGGGAAGGGGCCGGGUCCCAGAGGCCUCGGUGCUUUCCCAG